AUGUAUUCAAACUUCGAGCUAAUCGAUAUGAAAACCGGGAAUGCUUUGUUGGAAGGUCAGGAUUUACAGUUCAGGCAGAUUGUUCAUACGAGAGCUCUACUCAUCCUCCAUUGGCAACAACGAGAAGAAACUAGCCAACUUCUCCCCCCGAGUCUCAAAUUAAAUCUCACAGUGAACUGGAUGAAUUGCAGUUCUUGGGACGCGUUUCUCCAUCGUCUGCCUCGUAAAAAUUUCACAAUUGACAAAGAGAAUCGAUCGAUAACUCUGCUAGACUUUGAUUGUGUGCCUGAUUUAUUCCGUAACUGGUGUGGAGAUUCACCCGGAAGAGAUUUACACUUCUUGUAUGUUCUGGAAAAGACUUGGCAUACUGUAGAAAUGCGAAUCGUGUGUGACCCCGAAAUUUCGAGAAUGGACGUUGAGGGAAGCAAUUCGUGGUUCUAUGGAGUGAUUGCUGCAUUUGUUAUCUUAACCGGAAUACUGUACAAAAAAAAGAAACAAAAAGGACGUCAAUACAGAAAACUUCGAGAAGACAUUGGACAUGAAAAUUUCGACCAUGUAAUUCAAGAUACACGAUUUUUGACUGUCCCUGUGAGAUAUCGGAUUCGGAGAGAAGAUUCUGGCAGACGUAUGAUGGAAGCUAGAAAAGAUUACGUUCCAUUCAAGCCUAUAAAAAUAACAAAGAAGCCAAUGAAGAGUGAAAAAUGGAAAAUCGAUAGAAAAUUGAUACCAAAAAUUAUUGUUUAUGCUCCUGAUUAA